AUGUACCCGUUCAUGCGCACGCUACCCCCCCAAGUACCAACCAUGAGAGAUAUGCAUCCCAGGCGCUUACAGCAUGGAGUUCCCGAAAGGGACUCGUCCAACCUGUCUUUAGUGAGGUUAAUCGACCAGUGGAGUUUCAUCGAAGCGAAAUCCUAUCCGAUAAAAGAUGGAAAUGCAUUAAGACGCAUCCGAUACGAAAUAAAGAGAUUCAUUUAUGCAAAUAUUUUACACAGGACGAGAGUGAACUUCCUGUUGUUCCGCACCUUUUACAGUUACCGCUACAAUUAUGAGGUGUUGUACGUGGGCAACCAGUACGCCUUCGACAUGUGCGCAGGCGGCAGUGGAGACAUGUACAACGUGCUUAAGCGCCACUACGCUCAGGGAAAAGCUUCUCAUGAAAGGGUAGAUAUAACAUCGGAUUUGAAGGAUAACUAUACCACCGACGUAGAGAUAUGUCACAGAUCAACCUAUAAUUUUUCCAACGAUAUUUCGAUAGGGGGGGGCGCAUCCCAUCCUGAGGAAGAUUCCUUCCUCCUGGGGGGAACUCUCGGGAGGGAUACGCUAUCCCCGCAGCUGUACACCUCCAUUGUUGCCUGUUGUCUCGUGCUCCUGGAAAGGAAAUGCUACCUGGACUUCAUCUGUCUGUACCUUUACAUGAAGGCCUACUUCGCUUUGGAAAGUGUAUCUAUGAGAAACGGGACAAUCUUAAAUUUUACAUGUCACGAGAUUUUCCUGAACCUCUUGUUGUUAUUAUCCGACCUCACAGCAUCCAGUAGUAGCAACGGUAGAGAUAGAAAAGACGAGGGAAAAUUACCAUAUGAUCAUACACAUACAGAGAAAAGGGACCUGUACAGUUUAAUGUCAUUUGAUAAGGAUAUGCGAAUUGAAAAUUUAUCUAGGUUUUCGUACAACGUUCUUUUGCUCCUAAGGGUAAAAAUAAAUUUUCAUGAAUUGAACUACGACUUGAAUACAGAUGUGUAUAGCUCUCUAUGCAACUUCGUUAUGUCAUUUAGGGAUGCAUUCACAAGUAGGUUCGUCUGCAGGCUGAAUGAGAUUAAUGGGUUGACGCGCAUAUGUGGACAUCACAUUUGGGGGAGAGCCCAAGGGGGUGGUAGCCACAUGGAUAAGAAGAACGGUAUGGGGACUGCUUUUCACAUGAACAGUAUCAUUCCCAUUGAACAAGGCUGUAAUGAGGAAUCCUCCAUGUGGAACUCGCCUAGCCUAACAAGCGGGAACUACACUGCACUACUCCCACACAUGGAUGACAUACCGAUGCAUCAGAACGGAGGCAUCUUCACACAUUUCAAGGAUCGAAAGGGAGUAUCUGGUGGGGAAUACACACUGGACAAUUUCUCUGCGCCGCAUCUCAGCGCCAAGGAAGCCUCUUAUUACAAUUUCAGCCUGUUCAAUAGUGGAGAAAUGACCAACAGCGGGGAGAACAUUUGGAGGGAGGUACUAAGUAACACAGUCGACGAUGAUUCCCCUCCAGCGUUACCCCGUUGGGGGGAAAACUCGUGCCAUGCUCUCACCCUGAAAGAAGCAGACAUCUACCAGGAGGAAGAGCUAAGGAAGAAUGAAAGUGAUGUCAUCACCACGUACCAAUACAUAACAAGAAACCACGCGCAUAAAAGCAAAAACGAUGAGGGGAAGUACCUCUUAAGCAAUGUAAAAAGGGGAUGGGAAAGCAUUCCCAACGGAGGAAUCACUGAAGCAGACCAAUCCUACUUGUGGCAUAAAUCGUACACAAAUGACACAUGCUCUCUCAAUGCAAUGGAAAAAAAUAAAAAGAAAAAAAAAUACAAAGCACAAUUUUUAAGUAUCAUCAACAGUAUCUACGUCACCCUCCACAAGAAUGUCAUUUGUAGCCUACACAAUAGGAUAGAGGAGUAUCGUUUUUUCUCUUUAAAACCUUUUUUUCAUUUUUUAAGUAGAAAUGAGCUUUUGUGUGUGGAAAAGGAAGAUCUGUUAAGUACAUACAAGAAUAAAAUUAUGGCAUGUCUUCUGGGCCAUGAGAGUGAAAUGUUCUGUAGUGAACAUACCUUUGCGGGUAGAGUUCAAAGGGAGAAGCGAAAAUGGAAGGAUGCCCCUCACGUGAAGAAGGAAAAACUAAACAGAUUGAGAAGGAGAAAAAUAUACAUCAGUAAGAAUUUCGUAUGUGUUAAUGAUGGUGUUGCCUUUUGGUUGGACAAGAAAAAGGAGGGGGUUUUGCGUCUGCGCUUUGUACCCUUCGGAAAUAUGUUUUCGUCGCCAUUCUACCAGAGAUAUUUUCACCUCUUCCUGUUUUUCGCGAGGGUCGGUACAUUGGUGCGGUACGUGCAGGCGUUCGUGCGCGUCUUUUCUGCGUUGCUUUUCCGGGAGGGGGUCGGCAAUGACAGUGGUGCCAAUACUAGUGAUAAUAAUAGUGGUGGUGAUAGUAGCAGUGGUGCCAAUACUAGUGAUAAUAAUAGUGGUGAUGAUAGUAGCUGUGGUCGUGGCGAGCUGCAAGGAAAAUCGACGAGUCAUCCACACAGAAGGAGGAAGAAAGAACGCAACCGACUGUGUCACCAGGAGGAAGACAUAAUUCCUAUGGGAGAAGUAUUCACUACCUUUAUCAACUCAGUGGCCAAGUAUCUACACUGGUAUUCAGAACAAACGAGGAGGGUAAUUCUCCACGGAAAUGCUAACACCCCCAUGGACAUAUAUAACAAAGUUAAGAGGUACACCGAGUGUAUCGAGCUUCUGGCCUUCCUCUGCUCCAGUUACACACAGGAAAAGGAAGAAGUUUUUCGCAAAAAGUAUUUCGUCUUUUAUAAUGCCCCCCCUUCGGAUGUGCUACCUCCCGAUGGGACAGUCAAUUCGAACCUAAACCAAGUGACUGAGUACAAUUCCCUCCUCAACGUUAUUUAUGGUUUGUCACACAACCCUCGAGAGGAAGGAACAAACAGCCGAAGAUAUUCUAAAAUGCAUGAUGAUUAUCAGACCCGAGUGAUAUGUGGUAAUCGUGUCAACCUGUUCAUUUUCCCCAGGGGUAACGAACUGCUGAGUUACGUCUACAGGUACUACUACCUCUUCCUUAGUAGUAGGAGGAGACACCUAGCGAAGGUGUGCAAAUAUAUUUUCUUGCGCAUAUUGAAACCGCUGUUGUACUUUCUCUACGCUUAUGUUUUCCUGGGGGUUAACAGGGAUUUCCACUGCGAGUAUAUAAUUAGCAAGCAGAUAGCACGACAGUUCUUUUUCGUUCUGCAUAAGGGAAAUAGGUACUACGAUCGGGGGAAACUCCUCUCCGACCCGUGUCUUUCACUCCCUAUUUUUUUAAAGUACGCCAUAGGUGUUGUUUACAGAGCAGGCGAGUUGUCGAGAAUUUUAAGAUCCAUCAGCGAAGAAGACUUCCAGCUAGCCAUUCCUAAAAAUUUAAGUGGUAAAAAUUGGCUAGCCAAAAAAAAAAAAAAAAAAAAAAUGACCCAAAGUGAUCAGCAUGCACGUGGAAAUGUAAACCAAAUGGGAAAUGCUAAAGACGUAGAUCUCCCAAACUUGUUGUGCUCCUUGUCUACCGCCACGUUAGAACAUUUUUUUCUUCUGCACGCAAACCCAAGUCGUAAGAAAUUGAUGAGUCCAGGUGAACGAUUCGAAAAUAUCUUUAUCGAGCAUUGGAAUGAUGAAGAAAGCGCCAAACAUGUUUUUUCCAGAACGAGGAGGAAUAUAAGAAAGCGUUUACACCGGUAUUUUCACUCCUUCCGCAGUGCCCUCAGUCGUCCCGAUAGUUAUAGGGGGAGUGCAACAACCAAGCGUGGUGACAUCAACUUGAAUAAGGGCAACGAGGACAGUGAUGCCAAAUACGCAGAUGGAGUGUUGGAGAACUGCGUAGACAGGGGGAAUGCCCUCUCUACGUGCAGACUGAAAAAGUCGUUAAAAUUAAGGAUCAUUGCUAAGCGUGGGAAAAGGGUAGAUGGUAGGAGACGAUGUUUUAUGAUACGACGGGAUAGGGGACGACUCGAUAGGAGAGACGGAAAUCGGAAGCAACAAGAAGAAGACUCAUCAGACUGCAGCAGUGACAGUACUUCGUUCCCUCUGUCAGAUGACACAACUGCGUCUUCGCACAGUGGUAGCAAGGUAUACAAGGAGAUGCCUCCAAAUUUGUAUCACGUUCAUUGUGAUGUUAAUAAUGAACGACCACAUCGUGGGAAGGCUCACACCCCAUUCAGCCUAACCACGAAUACACCACUGGACGAGGUUGAUAAUUAUGAGGAGCGAAGAGACCUGGCAACGUUCCACAUAAAUUACGAGGAUGAUAGGGAGCAACUAUCCAGUGCAGUAAAAUUUGGAAGGAGAUCCUACUACAGACAUUCCUUAACGGGAAGAGUUGCUAAGUGGACCAAAUUGGUGAAGCCCUUGGGAAGUGAUGGUGAAAACUAUCUAGGUGUUAAAGAUAACCCAUGUGAUUCGCUUAGGGAACAUGGAACUGAUAGAGUUCUCCCCAUGUGGAGUUCAGAAAAAAUGAAUAUCCAAAGUAUUAAUUAUUUUCUAUACAAAAAUUUGUAUACUCCAAUAAAGGAGCAUUACGACAAUGUAAACAGAAUUUUGGUUUGGUCUUUUUUAUUGAAACAUAAUUUCUUAGCGUUUGUUUGUCUAUUGAAGUGCAGAAUGUUUUUGGAAACUGAGGAGAAGCACCGGGUUUUUUCAUCCCUGUUGAGCAACAGGAAGGGUGAGUCGAACAGUUCAGGGAGUGGCAUCCUAAAUGGUAACAAUUAUGAUGAGUAUCCUUACUAUGAUAAGCGCGAUGACAUAGGUGCAUGUACCUCAGAAAAGACACAAUCAAGGAGAAGACAGAGAAAAAUUCUGCACCAUCGAGUAGACAGUCAUUGUUACACCGCAACAGAUAUAUGUACCAAGUUUUCUCACAUCCAUAUAUACAUAGAAAUUCCUUAUCCAUUAAAUAUAUUUUUUGAUGAAUAUAUUGUGGGGUGCUAUACCAAUGUGUACAGAUUAAUAGCUCUGCUUUAUUUUACGCAUCAAAGUUUAAAUGGUAUUUUUGGAACUUUCCGGAGUUUUUCCAAACCGCUAGUUUAUCAGUACAGGAAGAAGGACACUGAUGAGGGGGAAGGGAAGGGGAAGGGAAGGGAAAGGCACUUCCGCUCAAGCGACUUCAAGUAUAUGGACGUGAUUAACAGUAUCGCACGAGGGAAUGCCUCCAGCGGGGAUAGUGACGAGGAGCAAAAAAAUCAGGAUCAGAUCGAUGGGGGGAAGAGAAGUGUUACCCCUUCCCUGAACUGCCUCCUCUCGAGGAAUACUUGCAAUGCACAUUUAACGCAGGAACGUUUCAUCAGCAUAGGGUUCGAUGAGCAUUUCAUGCGUCAUCUAGGUGUUCAUAAAUUUGUGAACCACAUAAAAAUAAUGAGUGACUUAUUAAAAGAUCUAAAUAAAAUAAGAGCAGAAAUGGAUUUUAUUGUUCGCAAUAUUUAUGAAUAUAUUGUCAAUACGAAUGUCGUUCGAAGUUACUUUUUUUUUUUUAAGAAUGUGUUGAAAGUAAGGAGUUUUUCUAGUUUGAUUGAAUUCCACAAAAGUCUAGCUGAACAUUUGCAUCAUUUCUCUUUUUUAUCUAAUGAAUUUGUUUCUCUGUACAUAAUUAUUAGUAACAUUGUUAACCUCGUGCAUGUUUUUAAACGCAUCAUGGAUUCCUUAACGUGGAUCAAUGUAGAAGUACAAGAACCCGUGAAUUUUUUGCAGACCUUCCAAGAACACACCAAGAAGUUGGAACACAACAUCAUUUUACUUACAUCUGAAGAGGUCCAGGAGUUUAUUCGGUCCUUCUAUGCAAACAGGAAUGAGUUACUUCUGUACAUCCGCGAGUUUCGCAGUGGACCGCUAGACUGCAUCUACAACAAAUUUUUCUUCAACGGGUUCUAUGCGCGCAUGUUUGGGGAAGACGAGGAUGACUAG